UAAUAAAUCACUUCCCAUCGCUAUUUUGUGUUUGAGUCGCCAGAUGGCGUCUCCUCUUUAGUCAUGGCCGCCGAUAACGACAACAAAAAAUUGCAAUUCAAGUAUCAGAUCUGGUUUAGCCGUCGUGCGCCGGGAAAAGCGCCGGCAAACCAACCCUACGACCAAAACCUCAAAGCAAUCGCUUCUUUCGCAACUGUUGACCAGUUUUGGGCCAUUUAUUCACAUCUCGUUCGACCGAAUGAAUUGACCGGUCAUUGCGAUCUUCACGUCUUCAAACACGGCAUUCGCCCGAUGUGGGAGGACGACGCCAACAAAGAUGGCGGAAAAUGGAUCGUUCGCUUGCGUAAAGGUCUGGCCUCGCGUUGUUGGGAAAACCUGUUGCUCGCGCUUCUCGGAGAACAGUUUAUGGUCGGACACGAAAUCUGCGGUGCAGUUGUCUCUUGUCGAUUUCAAGAGGACAUAAUAUCUGUUUGGAACCGAACGGCUUCUGACUCUCAAACGACGGUUAGAAUUCGCGAUACUUUACGACGUGUUUUGAAUUUACCGCCGAAUACUGUAAUGGAAUACAAGACUCAUUGCGAUUCGUUGAAAGACAACACUUCGUUCAGAAACACAAUCGUUCGCUAAUCACGUGAUAAUUAUGUCAAUAAAUAAGAGGCAAUGAUUCCGGUCUUUGUUUUUC